AUGGAAGCCAAAGUAACUUUAAAGAGAGAUUUCGGAAUAUUUCUUUCUACAAAGGACUUGAGAGGAAUGAAUCUAGCGAGACCAUGGCAUUUUUACAUAUUUUCGGUCACGGACUCUGAACUCUUGACUAUCAAGUUGAAGAAGCUUCAAGAAGAGAAAUUAGGAUUUUGCCAUAACAGCGCGAAGCGAGACUUUGAAAUAGAAUUGAUUUUUAAAUUGUCGGAGGAAGAACUAGAUAGCGAAAUAUCAAGCGUUCGUGUAGUACCUGAGCUAGAUGAAAAUUCGGGGCCGGCUAAAAUAGUCUUGUUUCCUGGUAUUGAAGGAUUUGCCAAUGUAUUUGGAAACCUUACGAACGUGCUAGACGGUGCCGUGGCCUUACAAUAUCCAGCAGAUGGCCGAACUCUCACUGUCUCAAAGAUCGUAGAAUCUCUAGCGCCUGUGGUAGCGAAGCUGUUGACAAAAGAUGAACCUUCACGAUUGUGGGUUAUUCCUUCGGUGUGCUAAUAGCAGCGGAAAUAGUCAACAUAUUAGAAAGUAAAGGUUACACGGGAACUAUGAUAUGUAUAGACGGUGCGCCCCUUGUUUUGAAGACUUUAAUAAAGAAUUUGACUGAGGAAUCUGACCAUCUCCUGCAGAUUACUUUAAUUUGCCAAUUAUUAUGCCGCUGUAUACCACAUGGUGAAGUUGCUAAACAUAAGAUGAAUAUAUGUAAAUGCCAAA